AUGCCAGAAGGGCCAUCUGUGAGGAAGUUUCACCAUUUGGUCUCUGGUUUUGUGGGACAGCAGGUGGUCAAGACAGGGGGCAGCAGCAAGAAGCUAAACCCUGCCAGCUUCCAGUCGUUGUGGCUCCAGGACACGCAGGUGAGUUCAUCGUCCACUGGGAACAUCAUUAAGAAUGAAGCCUUGUACAGAGCUGGGAUCCAUCCUCUUGCUCUUGGUUCACUCCUCAGUCCUCCGCAGCUUGAGGUCCUCGUGGAUCAUGUGGUGGAGUUCAGUGCCAACUGGCUUCAGGGCAAGUUCCAAGGCAGACAGCAGCACCCACAGAUCUACCAGAAAGAGCAGUGCCCUGCCGGGCAUCAGGUCAUGAAGGAGGCCUUUGGGCCUCCAGGUGGCUUCCAGAGGCUCACGUGGUGGUGCCCACAGUGCCAGCCCAGGCUGCCGCCCGACGAGCCAGAGCAGGGCCAGCUCUCCCAAGGGGUUCAGGCCCUUCCUUCACAGAACCUUGUUCUUUAGGGACCAUGAUGCCUGAGUGUCAAGAAAGGGGCUAUGGGCAGGGACUGGAACUGGGUACAGGGAUUAGAGGGGACCAUGGGUCAGAGGGCUGUCAGUCCUGUUGAUGUUCAUGUCACUGGAGUUACGUCUAAGGUAGAGUUUCCACAGGGUUAGGUUUUUUUUUCCCCCCAAGUGUUGGUUAAUUUCUCCUAUCUAAUUCUGCCAUUGGGGAAGAUGGGAAAAGUCAUGAUGACAGGGGAAAACCCCCCCCCUGUGAUUAAGAUGAAAGCCUGUGGAAGACAGCUGUGCCCCAACAUUGCUCUGUUUGGUUUGGUUUUGUUUUUGAAAUGUUGGCUGGUUUGAAGGCCCUCCAUUUGAGAAACAGGAGCACGGAUUUGCCUUCCUGCAUUCCUCUGGACGCAUCCAGGGAUGAAGACGGAGUAGCAUGAGGGUCGUGCUGGGACUCAGCCUCCUGCCCGGGCCCUUUCCUGUGGGAUGGCGACACCAGGAGAAGGGGCAGGGGGAUAAGGGUGACCAGGGAGCUGGCCACCUCCCUGGUGGGCCCAGCGGGCUUUAGAAGAAAGCUGCUGAUUUCUUUUUCAAGGGUGUAUUUGACAUAUUUGUGAUUGUUGAUAUAUGGAACAAUGCAGGAAUCACAGAUUGUAGAGACACAGUGUACGGUUAGCAACAGCUGGAAGAAAAGAAACUAGGACAUGAAAAUAAAGCUCUUGGUUAUUUUUCUUUUGUCACAUGUA